CGCCCCGCCCCCUUCCCCUCCUUAUACCGCUUCGCGCUCAGCGGCGGAGCCUGUGGUGCUGCCGGGAGGCCGGGAGCCAAGGAAAUCGAGUUAAAGGUGGGGGGCGAGGAUUCACCGCCAGCGGCGGAGCCAGGCGCUUCUCUUCCACCCUCUUCGCUUCUGCUGUCUGAACCCCACGGCUAUCCGUCGCGCGGUGCACGCGGCCCAGGGGCAGGGCGCGGAAGGGGAGUAGGCGCGGGCCCGAGGACGAGCGGGGGCCCGCGAAAGAGGGGCGCACCCACCAGCACUCUCGGCCUACAGCGACCCCUCCGUACGCCGUGGUACAACGAGUCUCAGCAAGACUCCUGGCUGUGGCCCAUGGGCCUCUGAGGAGGCGUUGUAAAUCUGCCCAGCUCCCCACUUGCUGUGCUCCCACUCAAUGGGAAGGGAAUCAAGGCCUUGUCCAGCCGUCGGCCACAGACUCUCGACAGCACCAGGAUGGAAGUCAAAGGUCAGCUGAUCAGCUCUCCCACCUUCAAUGCCCCAGCUGCCCUGUUCGGAGAGGCUGCCCCCCACGUGAAGUCAGAGCGUCUGCGGGGGCUGCUUAACCGGCAGCGGGCCCUGCAGGAGGCCCUGAGCCUGAAACUUCAGGAGCUACGAAAAGUGUGUCUCCAGGAGGCGGAGCUAACUGGCCAACUGCCCCCUGAGUGCCCCCUGGAGCCUGGUGAACGGCCACAGUUGGUCCGACGGCGGCCCCCUGCAGCCUGCACCUAUGCUCCAUCACACCCCAACCCAGCACACCACUCCUUGUGCCCUGCUGAGGAGCUGGCUCUCGACGCCCUGGAGCGCGAGGUGUCAGUGCAGCAGCAGAUUGCGGCAGCUGCCCGUCGCCUGGCCCUGGUCCCUGAGCUUAGUGCUGAGCAGCGCCGGCGCCGGCGCCAGGUCCAGGCAGAUGCACUGCGGAGGCUGCAUGAGCUGGAGGAGCAGCUUGGGGAUGUCCAGGCCCGCCUUGGCCUUCCAGUGCUCCCACCACCCCAGCCACUGCCACUGUCCAUGGGAGCAGUUAUCACCACCCAGGGAGUCUGCCUGGGCACGCGCCUUGCUCAGCUCAGCCAGGAGGAUGUAGUUCUGCACUCAGAGAGCAGCUCCCUCUCAGAGUCUGGGGCCAGCCAUGAUAAUGAGGAGCCCCGUGGCUGCCUCCCUCUGGCUGAGCGCCCCUCACCACCCAAGGCCUGGGACCAGCUGUGGGUGGUAUCUGGGGGCAGCCCUGAGCGGCGAGCCCCGUGGAAACCACCCCCAUCAGAUCUUUAUGGGGACUUGAAGAGCAGGCGGAACUCUGUGGCCAGCCCCACCAGCCCCACACGCUCACUGCCCAGGAGUGCCUCCAGUUUUGAGGGGCGAAGUGUGCCUGCCACCCCUGUCCUCACUCGGGGCAUCGGCCCCCAGCUCUGCAAACCUGAAGGCCUCCAUUCUCGCCAGUGGUCCAGCAGCCAGGACUCCCAGGUGGGCUUCUCCCGGGCAGAUCCUGCCUCUGACCAUGCCUCCCUCUUCGCAGCUCGCACGCGCCGCAGCAACAGCUCCGAGGCCCUGCUCGUGGACCGGGCAGCUGGUGGGGGAGCUGGCUCCCCGCCUGCCCCUCUGCACCCCCCUGUUGCUGGUCCCCCAGUCUGCAAGAGCAGUGAGGUGCUAUAUGAGCACCCCCAAAUAGUCCCUUCUUUCUCCUCUCGUACAGCUGGCCCCCCAGACCCUCCCAGGGCUGCCCGGCCCAGCUCAGCUGCCCCUGCCUCCCGCGGGGGCUCCAGGAACCCACCUGUGUGUGGGGACUUCCUCUUGGACUAUUCCCUGGAACGGGGCCUGCCCCGCGGUAGUGGCGGGGCAGGUUGGGGGGAGCUGCUACCCACAGCUGAGGUCCCAGGACCCCUCUCCCGACGGGACGGGCCCCUCGCCAUGCUCCCAGGCUCACCACCUGUGUAUGCAGCUGAUGGUAGCAGUCCCCUCCUCCGCAGCAAGGACCCCCAUGCCCGUGCCACCCACACUAAGCCCUGUGGCCUGCCCCUGGAGGCCUCUGAGGGUCUGGAGGUACAUCCAACCCCUCUGCUGUGGAUGCCCCCAUCCACCCGUAUUCCCCUGGCUGGUGAGCGCAGCAGCCACAAGAACCUUGCACUGGAGGGGCUGCGGGACUGGUACAUCCGGAACUCAGGACUGGCUCCAGGGCCCCAGCGCCGGCCUGUGCUUCCCCACAUGGGCCCACCACACCAACCCUUCCUCCAUGCCCGCUCCUAUGAGAUGGGCCAGGUGCUGUAUGGGACCCCCAGCCAGGCGCCACUUCCACACUCAAGGAGUUUCACAGCGCCCCCUGUCUCCGGCAGGUAUGGGGGGUGCUUUUACUGAUGGGUAGGGGUCUCUUGAGGCAGAUGGCAAAGGUAUCCAGGCCAAGGGAACAGCUAGUCAUGAGAGCUAAUGGCUUGGAACACAAGGAACCUAGCUGCAGCACUAACCAGCUAGAUCAUGUGCUGUUCAUGGCCUGCAUUAGUCCGCAGGGUCCCACUGGAGGGGUAUCUUGGGUAUCGGUAACUGCAUUUCUUUACCAAGCUAUAUAAUAUUUUAAUAACCAGUGCAUGUCAGCUGAAAAUGAGCCUUGAAACCAAGGUGCUGAGAGGAAGGGGCAUCCUGUGCCCCCCACCUUUCUCUUCCUCUGUUCUCCAUGCUUGGGAGCCCCCAGGUGCUCUGUCCUGUGCCUGCCUCCACCUCUUUAACGAGCCUGUUUUCCUUUCUUUCCCUGUGUCCUGUCUUUUCCUUUCUUCUCUGUCUUCUUCAACCUAUCCUCCGGAUUCCUGCAACCCCUUCUAAAGAUACUACGCGGACUUCCUGUAUCCCCCGGAGCUGAGCACUCGUUUAAGUGACCUGACAUUAGAGGGGGAGCAGUCCUCCAGUUCUGACCCCCAGACCCCGGGGACACUGGUCUGACCCCUUUUGAUAAGCCGCUUGUUGCCCUGGGCAUGACUACCACCUGGAGAGCACACAGCUGACCUUGCUGAGCCCUGGGGUGUGGGUGCUCUCAUUCCUGGGCGCCAAGCUGACCUUCCAAGGCCCCUGACUUCCUGUGGGCCUGGGAGAGUGUCUGACACUCUACUACUUCUUUUACAAUGUGCUGGGGGCUAGGGGGCCUCAGCCAGGUUAGAAGAGGGGCAUGACGUAAUGGGGUCUCCAAGCCCCUUCCUCCAUGUGUUUACAGUUGUGAUUUAGGUGUUCACCGUCUUCCCCCAACACUAGAUGUUUUAUAAAAGGGAAACUGUGAUCUUGUCCUGAUUGGGUUCAUUGCUGUCUGGUUUCAUUCAGGAACCCCUGUCAUGAAAUGGACCAUGUAGGGUCUCAGGACCCUGUUCUGGGCAGCCAGCCAGGAGACUCCAGUGUGAACAGAACUCCUUGCCACCCCCCACCACGGCAGUUCUUGGGG